GAAUCACAAACUCGCAUUAUUUUAAAAGGAUAGAGGAGACAAAACGGUGAACGAAGAGAUAGAAACCCAUAGAACCCAGAAUUUUUAUUUCAUUGACCACAAUUCUGAUUUCGGAUUCUGUUGUCGCCUGCGGAAGCAAGUAAAUAGGAAAAUUCACUACAAAUCUGUUGCAAAUCUCGUAAGCAAUAAUGAGGAGCGGUAUCGUUGCUGUGGCUGUUCUUCUCUGUCUCUGGUACGGAGUGGACGCCAGACUGUUCAACAGGCACGAAUGCAAGUGGGAGUUCCAUAUGGACAAGACCUACAGACCUCCUCGAAAGAUGCCGCUGUGCUGCAGAGAAGUGGGAAAUUGCAUCUGCACCUCGCCGGACCUUUUUGCCUUCCCGUCUGACAGACCUUUCCCUAGAUGUCGCAUCGGCCAAGACAAGAAGAUCGAAGUCGUUCAACACUGUGACAAAAUGUGGGCCGGAGACGGUUUCUGCUGCCUUAAAACCGACGAUUGCGAGUGUCUGAAGAAUGUCCAAAGAAUAUGCGGCAUUGCGGCAGAGAGGAUAUCAGGCCCAGAAACCGCAACAGCCGACCCUGGUCAAACAACGACUGAUGGGAACGGAGUUGAGGUUUUGGGGGUCACGAAUAUUAAACCACCAACCUUACCAAAUGGAGUGCCAGACAUUUUCAAAAAACGGGCGAAAGAUUGCGUGAUCACCGUUAUCUUUUACGGUAACAGGACGGGCCUCUGCUGUCAAAAACACGCAUUUUGUGAAUGCAAGAAAACAAAAAAGGGGCGAAUGGCCAUCUGCAAUGGGUACCUGGACUUCCUGUAAACUCCUAUUGAAGUCAGAAGUUCUGGAGUGUUAAGCAAAGGUCUCCGAAAGCGAAUCACCGAAAACCAUUUGACACACACACAUCAGUUUUUGAUUAUUCAUUAAUUGGACCGUUUGAUGGAUGCAUGGUAAAAAAGACGAUACAAGAGCAAAAGGGAGUACUUGAAUUAAUAGUUAAAAAUGUUGCAAGGACACAUUAUCCACUUCCAAGGUACUUCAAUUCUGGAUCUUUCAAACAAUAUAAGCCUACCAACAUUUAAGGUGGAUGUGAUCUCACACUUUGACAAAAUGCUACUAGUACACUUAACCGACGUAUGUAUAGAUUAAAUAUGAGAUUUCAAGACAAUUUCUGUAGGAUUUCUUCCGGGAAUGGGAUAUGUUCUUUUCUUGUUUUAAGGUUAAGUUUGACAAUUUAUUCAAAGUGAUAUGUUACAUGUACGACUCAAACCGCUACCUCAUUAUUUCUGAUUUAUGGUACCAAAGGUGAACGUAUUAAUCUUGCCUGAGUAAAAAGGCAUAUAGUUGUUAAGCCAAAUGUUGGAGCGAAAUCGGGUUGCAACAAUAUUAUUCAGAGGAAAUCGCUUUUAUUGACUCAUUAACAAAUUUGAAUUCCACUCCGAAUAUGCUAUUGACGGUAACACCAGUUCAUUCAAAGAUUUAUUGAAGGUAGUAAAGGAUGUAAUGUAUGGCAGAAACUGCCUCAUUAAAAUGGAUUUUUCAUCAUUGCUGCUUUAUCAUGACAUACGUACCUCUUCAUUUUUCAUUUUUAUUACUUCAGUUUAAACAAAACACUGUUAGUGCAUUUUUGUAAUCUUAAAUUUAAACUUUUUAUUUAUUUAUUGCAUUCUGACGAUUUUUUAUAUUCAUCGUGAACCUUCUGUCAUGACUGAAUUUCAACAUGAUGCUUAUCGAUCCCACAGCACGCGUGGCCUUGAUACAAUGUAUGACAAUAACCGCUGUCUGUACCAUUAAGUAAUUGUGUGCAACUCAAUGUAUUAGCCUUUAUGGUGUGACACAGUGUAGUUUAUUAUGGCAUGGGGAGUACAUACUACUUGAGAGCUGAAAGCCCUUGUGUUGAUUAAAAGACUGUGUAUACACUGAAAUUCACAGACAAAACUCCUACGUACCUUGUAGGUAAA